AUGCCGCGCCAAAUCCCACGAAUAGAUAUCCCGCAAACAGACCUCUGGACGACGCUCUUCGACAGGAAAGAGAAGCCGUUUCCUGAUUCACAGGUAAUUUACCAAGACCCCUACUCGAAUCGUCAUUACACCUACGCCACCCUCAAACUCACAACCCAGAAAUUCGGCUCAGGCCUCCGAACCUCCCUCUCCUUCAAAAAGGGAGACGUCCUAACCCUCUUCGCCCGCAACUCAAUCGACUACCCAGCCAUCGUCUGGGGCGCCCACUGGGCGGGCGGCGUCGUCAGCCCCGCGAACCCGGGGUACGGGGUUCGGGAGCUGGCGCAUCAUUUGAGGGAUAGUGGGACGGGGGUCCUUGUUACGGAGGGGGGGUUGUUGGGUGUUGCGUUGCAGGCGUGUAGACAAGUGGGGAUUGAGAAGAGUAGGGUGUUGGUGGUGGGAGAGGGAGAGGGAGGGGAUGGGGAUGGGGUGAGGGGGUGGGUGGAGAUAAUGGAGGGGGAGGUCAGGGGGGAGAGGGAGAGGUUGGAUGCUGGGAGGGAUUUGGGGUUUUUGGUUUAUAGUAGUGGGACGACGGGGUUGCCUAAGGGUGUUAUGUUAACUCACAGGAAUGUGGUUAGUGAUCUUUUUAUGGUGAAUAGUAAUGAGGGGCAGAUAUUGGGGUGGAAGGAUGAUAGGGUUUUGAGUGUUCUGCCGUUUUAUCAUAUUUAUGGACUUCAGUGCUUGGUGCAUUUCCCGGCUUAUGCAGGGGUGACGACGUUGGUUAUGCCUUCAUUUGAUCUUAAGAAAUUUUGUGAGAUUAUACAGAAUCACAAGAUUACCUAUACAUUCGUCGCCCCUCCAGUAGUCCUCCACCUCGCCAAAUCUCCUAUAGUAUCAAAUUACGACCUCUCUUCUCUUCGUAUGAUCACAUCUGGAGCCGCACCACUUACAAAAGAACUUAUCCACGCCGUACACGACCGACUAGGAACGGAAGUCAAACAAGCAUACGGACUCAGCGAGACUUCGCCAGUCACUCACAUGCAACGCAAAUGGAACAAAGGCCUCGGCUCCAACGGCCCUGCUCUCCCCAACCAAAUCUGCAAAUUCAUGUCCCCAGACGGCCACGAAGUCCCGCCUGGCAAAGAAGGUGAGCUUUGGAUCUCAGGCCCCAACGUCUUUCUCGGGUAUCACAACAAUCCCGAAGCCACCGCCGCGUGCAAGACUCCCGAUGGGUUCUUCAAGACGGGGGACAUUGGGUACGAAGAUGAGGAUGGGAAUAUGUACAUCACGGAUCGAGUCAAGGAGUUGAUUAAGUAUAAGGGGUUUCAGGUCGCGCCCGCAGAAUUGGAGGGUAUUUUGGCGAGUCAUGAGAUGGUUGCUGAUGUAGCUGUGAUUGGCGUUGAGGAUUUGGAGAGGGCGAGCGAGGUUCCGCUUGCGUGUGUGGUGUUGAGGGAGGGGGUUGAGGGGAGUGAGGAGGUGGAAAGGGAGAUUGCGAGGUGGAUUGCGGAGAGGGCUGCGAAUCAUAAGAGGUUGAGGGGUGGAGUUGUGUUUAUUCAGGAGGUUCCGAAAAGUGCGUCGGGGAAGAUUCUGAGGAGGGUGUUAAAGGAGGAAAUGAAGAAGAAAUUUAAGGUCAAGGCAAAGCUGUAG